ACGUGCCUUCAUUAGUAGGUUGUCAAUAUGUCGACUUUCAUUUGGCUAAACGGUUCAAAAUGUGUACCUAGUCCCGUAUUGGAUCACAUAUUGUGGCACUGUGCUUGUGUGGAACGAAUCUGUAAUAGCCAACGCACUCAAUAAUUUGAAGAAUUUACUGGUUUUCUUUCCAGUAAUUAAUCAACAAUUAUAACCUGGGUCUGCCAUCAACGUCGUUUAAUAAAACAAGAAGGAAGGCACUAAACCGUGCAGUGUAAUCCGCCGGUGGUCAGACCUGGCUGGAAUUUUUACUGUCUGCAAAACAUCUUUCAAAUAUUCUCCAACAUUCUUUUUUUCUCGUUUGCGGCUUUCAUCAUAAAAUACUAUAAUAUCCAGACAUCUUCUUUGGUCUUUAGGUAUGUGUGUGUGCUUUUGAUUCUAUAAUGCUAUCGAUUAGAUAGCCAACAGAGAGCUAUGACCUUAGCCUUGCUAAUAUUGUUUAUCAUCUAAUGUGAAUCUCAUACAUUUCCAUAGCAAUGUUCUGUAAUAAUUUUGGAAGCUUUACAAAAAUGUCUUGAGGAAGCAGGUAUUUUAAGGUUGGAGGCGUUUCUUUUAUAAUUACCUCUAAACUGUUACAUCGAGGAAACCUCACUUCAGAAAUGUAAUGGAAAGAAUUAGUUUCGAGGACACAAUAGUUACGGGGUUCUGUUCUGAGAGAUUUCGUUUAACAUCAUAUUAUCUGCCAAGAACUGUUUGCUUCAAAAAAUACGCAGUUGUGUUUUGAAGGCAUUGAGCUGCGUUUGGAAUACUAUUGGAAUGAACGUUCUUGUUUCUGCAAAAUGGGAAUAUUUUUUUUCUCCUGAAAUUCAAAUGUCUUAAUGCGUGUUCUCAUGUCAUUGUCAUUCUGUGAAUGUCUUGACAGCAUCUUUGUCUGAAAAUUAUCGACUUUUUUCAUCCUUUCCGUGUGACAUAGAUAUAUUAAAGUGCAAAGAUGUAUUGAUUUCUCUAAGGAUUCAUGGCUGACCACUGAUUUCGAUCUUGAAACCCAUGAUGGAACAAGAUAAUUCGGAAAAUAACAAUUCUGUUACAUCUGGGAAGUUGAAUUUAAAAGGAGAUGGAUGUUGUCUGAACUGUACUUGUCGAUGCCAUGACAAGGCCCGGAACAAUAAAGUGAGUUUCUGUGAUGCUCCUAAUGAAAUAACUUCCGCACCGUCAGCGCCGCCUGGCGAGCCCAGCCCCACAGGGACCAGUGAAACUAUUGUUCUCUCAGACACACCCCUAGGAAUCUGGCCCGUCAAAAGGUCGGCCAGCUUAGAGAGCAGGGACAAUCCUUUCAAACCAGAUGGUGAAUUGUGCAAAGAAGCAGAAGACAUUUUAAAACGAGCUACAAUCGUUCGUGAUACGUUCAUUCUGAACGAUAACAAGAAGAAGGACACCUCCAAAAUAAGCAAAGACAAUUCUAAUGGCGCCCAGCCAGUUCUGGAGGAAAGCCUAACACAGACUAAAGUGAACGAAUCUCAGUCUUCACCGGUCAGUAUUCAGCCAAAGCAAAAUGGAGUAGAGGAUAAAAACGUAACGCCAGAAUCUGUAAAACUGGAGGUAGAACCCAAUGUUGUUAAUGAUGUUAAUUUCAAGGACAAGAAGAAACAAAAGAAGUGUUGCAGUGUCAUGUAGCAUAUGGAGUGUCUUAGUGUUUUAUUUUUUUUAACACCGGGAUUAUAGUGCAAUGAUGUCAUACAACCACUACCGGGUGCAUUCAGGAUUCGUCCAAAAAUUCACUUGUGCAGGUCAUGUUACAGUACUUAUCAUUGGAUGUCGCCCAUGUAACGAAGCAUGUCAUUGGUUAUUGCCAUAUUGAGUACUCAAUUUUUGCUUCCUGUGUGUGGGGAAUUUGUGAGCAGACGACAUUUUAACGAAUGCAUGGUUGUUGUCAGAUCCAGUCUCCCAGUAUAUGAAAAUCAGAAAUCCGCUUUAACGAAUACAGUUUUGUUUGAAUUCCUUAAUAUGAAUCGUUUACACUACACAUGUCAAUAUAUGUGAUCUGUGAGAGGAAAAUGCAAAUGAAAAUCAAAGAAGAGUCAGUUUGAAGUAUAAAUAUUAUUUCAUGAAAGAUAUAUUUUUGUCAUUUGUUAUUUUGAUGUAAUAUAUUUGUGCAAGUUAAUACAUUGCUUCCUGUUGAAAAA